AUGCUUUCGCUUUUGAUCGGCGAUCUCUUUAUACCCGACCGGGCUGUGGACAUCCCCUCGAAAUUCCGCAAACUCCUAUCUCCGAACGCCCCAGCGGUUCCCUCCAACGCCAAAAUCUCGCAAGUCUUGUGCUUGGGAAAUAUCACCCAGUCUACUUCAACAUUGCGCUUUCUCCACGAUCUUUCGCCCUUUUUCAGUGCUGUUAGAGGCGAAUUUGACGAUGUCAAUCUUGUCAGUCAGCAGCUCGCCUUGCUAGACGCUAAAAACGACAGCACGUUGCCCCUUUAUCGAGUUGUCAAGGCCGACAACUUCCGCAUCGGGUUCACUUCAGGUCACCAGAUUGUUCCUCGGAACGAUCCGUUGCUGCUUUUGGCCUUUGCGCGAGAAAUCGACGUCGACAUUUUGGUCUGGGGAGGUACCCACCGCGUAGAAGCAUAUACUCUCGACGGGAAGUUUUUUAUAAGCCCAGGAAGCGCCACAGGGGCCUACAGUAUGAACUGGCCUGAUUUGGAUGAAGAAGAGGACGAAUACAGCUUGGAUGGAAAUGAGGAAGCCAAUGCUGACAAGACGUCUGCGUCGAACGCGGUAGACCAAGACGAAACCAACUUCGAUUCCUCACACUUGUCUUCGAGCCUCCCGUCGUUCUGUCUUUUGGACACCCACACUUCCAGGUGCACGCUUUACAUCUACACGUAUGGCAACGACGAGGUCAAGGUCGACAAGGUGUUGUAUCUGAAAGACUGA